GGGGUAGAGAAAAAUGUGAUAAAAAUGUGGGUUUCUUCGCUGCCUAACAAGUAGGCAAUUAUCGAAUAAAGUGCGCUUCGUUGUGGGUGUUAUGUGAAUCGGAAACUCCUGCGGAAACCAUCGGAUUAAUCCUGGCUAACACGAUAAGCUUUGCGUUCUGUUCUCCCCCGGUAUGCCGCGGCCGGCUAGCUAGUGUGACCUCGUUAACAAAAGGAUUCCCAACUUUGCUCAGCAGCCUGCGUAAAGUUGCUGCAGCAACGUCCUAGAAACGUAACUCCGUUUAGCGACUCUCAACGGGAAUCAAUAUAUUUUCUCACAUACCGGGUCGUCGGUAGCCGGCAAAACGCAUAAAUUAUUCGAAUCAGAAACAUGUUUCAACCACCAGGUCAAACGAACAGGAAGAACGCAAAGCCAAAGAUGAAGGUUCUUGACCCCGAUGUUGAUUACUCGAAGGCGAAGAGUGUCCACAGCAUAUCCUCGUGGUGGGGUAUCGGGGGCAUCUUCCUGGUGCUCUUCGUAGGCAACAUCACGAACUACACCAACUCACACCUACCGGACGGACUGCGCAACGCUCAUUUGACGCACUUCCCGGCGGCAUUCAUUGCAGAGCGCGCGUGGAAGGAUUUGAAGAUACUGAAUGACUUCGGCCCCAAACCGACCGGCUCGUAUACGAACGAGGUGCUAGCCGUGGACUUCCUCAAUCGAGAGAUCUCGUACAUCGAUCAGCUGAAGAGCCGCAACCAGCAGCUGAUCGUACACAAUCAGAUCGUGUCCGGUGGGUACGUGGGCGUCUACAUGAACAAAUCGGCGGCCAACGUGUACCGGAAUGUGCAGAACGUGGUGGUGAAGCUGGUGGGUCGCAGCGAGGAAACGACACGUCAUGCGCUGCUACUUAACUGCCAUUUUGAUUCCGUCGCCGGCUCGCCCGGGGCCAGCGAUGACGUCGGAAGCUGCGCUGUGAUGCUGGAAAUCCUGCGUGUCCUGUCGCGCCAAUCGGAGGUGAACCGGUACUCGAUCAUCUUUCUAUUUAACGGAGCUGAAGAAACACCGCUGCAGGCAUCCCAUGGCUUCAUCACGAAGCAUCCCUGGGCAAAGGAUGUGCAAGCGUUCAUCAACCUUGAAUCGGCCGGCUCCGGUGGAAAGGAAAUGUUGUUCCAAAGCGGCCCGAAGCAUCCCUGGCUCAUUGAGGCUUAUGCGCGCUCGGUACCGCAUCCGUACGCGCAGGCAGCAGCGGAAGAAAUUUUCCAAUCCGGUGUCAUCCCUUCCGAUACGGACUUUCGUGUGUUUCGCGACGUUGGCCGCAUUCCGGGAAUGGACUUUGCCCACACGGCCAACGGGUACCGGUACCACACGCGGUAUGACUCGAUCGAUUACAUUCCACUGGCGGUGCUGCAACGCACCGGGGACAAUAUCCUCGCACUCACCAAAACCAUCGCCAAUGGCGAAGAACUCGGCAGCACCGAACGCUUCGCCCAGGGUCAGAUGGUGUUCUUUGACUUUCUCGGACUUUUCUUCGUCUCCUACUCGGCCGAUGUCGGACUCAUGAUUAACCUGAGCGUGGUACUGUUGUCCAUCAUCAUCCCGUUCCUGUCCCUAGCGCGAUCCACUAGCGGCACGCAUGGCAAACAGAUUCGGUCCGAAACGACGACCGGAUUUCUGGCCACCUUUCUGGGAGCGGGAGCUAGCGGGCUGCUGUGUUUCUUCAUUGGACUGCAACUGGACACGAUUGGCCGGUCCAUGUCUUGGUACUCUUCCACGAAUCUUAUCCUUGGUAUCUACUGCUGCCCGGCACUGCUUUGCCAGUGUUUAGUUCAUCUUCUGUGUAACCGUCUCUUCGGUAGCAAAACGACACCAUUGAGCCUCGCCCUGAAAGUUCAAGCACGCCUGAAUGGGGUGAAUCUGUUUUGGGGAAUGAUUACGCUCGGUAUCACGUUUACCGGGUACCGAUUGGCGUACAUCUUCAUGGUGUUAAUCCUGUUCUCGCUCUGCUCCAGCACGCUAAUCUCGAUGCUGGCUCUGCAAAACUCGGUUAACAAGUGGUUGCUGGUGCACGUGCUCUUUCAAAUAGGCGCACUCGCCUGGACCACGCAGUUCUACCACAUCCUGAUGAACAUGUUCGUACCGAUCACGGGCCGGAUCGGGUCUUCCAUCAAUCCUGACAUGAUCAUUGGAGCAAUGGCCUCGUUUGCAACACUGUUCACCUGCAGCUUUCUCACACCGCUGCUUUUUCUGCUGAAGAAAACGGACAAACUGAUUGCCGAACUGGUCGCCAUCACGGUGAUCGCACUGGCGCUUUCCUCCUCGACGCACGUAGGCUUUCCUUACCGCGACGAUGCGCUAAAGGCACCGGCCGUCCAGCGACACUACAUCACUCACACGGUGCGCAAGUUUUUCGACUACAACGGCGGUGAACGCUACACUGACUCCGGAUUCCUGCUGCAGGAACUCGAUCGUAACGCAAAGAAAACUAUCGAGGGCAUUGCGAUGCCGGACACUGUAUCACCGAUGCGUGAGAUCCCGUCUUGCGAAAAGGAGCUAUUCUGCGCCAUUCCAUUCUACUCGAUUUGGCAUCAGGUUUUGUUCGAAAACUAUUGGUUACCCGGGCUGCCACCGAUCGUUCGCCAAGUAGUGACGGUUUCGCUUCGGGAAAAGGAAAAGCUGAAUGAUCAUGAGCAUCGGCUGCAUCUGGUACUGAACGGUAGUAGCCAGGCGUCACUGAUCAUUGGACCGAAAGCUGGUUCCACGCUUCGACGCUGGAGUCUGUUGAGCGAAAUUCCUACUCCGAUCGAGUUCAAUGGCCAGCGAGGCCAUUUUGUGCUCCUAACGGCCGGUGUCGAGAGUGAGGCAAUGAACAUAACGUUGGAUAUACGGCAUGAGCUGAAGAACUAUGAUGGACCGUUGAUUGAUCUUCUAGUAACUACGACACACUGGGAGUACCACAAAGAGCACACCCCCGUGUUCAAUCGCCUUUUGGCGCGAGUGCCUAGCUGGGCGCACGUCGUUCCUUCUGUCGCCGCCGUUUACAGCUAUACUUUUUAGAUGGUUCUAGGACAAAACACACUUCCAUUGUCCUACUACUGCACUGCACCUUUACCUACGAUAAGUCAGCAACCAAAAUGAUGCAUCUGUUCUAGCUAAUCUGCUUACAAUACGCUGUCUGCUACGCUUCGCGAGUCCCUUACAGAGUCAAACACCACGUUCAUUUACACGCAAGGACUAUUGCGACAUGACAGCACGCUUCCAAAGAAACAUCAGAAUCUUGUCUAAACUUUUAUCUUAUAGAUCUGAUUUCUUGCAUAGUUUCUAAUAGGCUUGCGUUACUUUACUGCUGAAUCUCUCUUUAAAGAACACCAAUUUUAAAUGUAUUAAAUACUCAAGAGCAUUUCGACGGGGCGGUGGAGGCAGGAAGGCAGAAACAGGAGGUAGGAAAGGUAGGAACUGCCACGAUCCUUUGUCUAAACUCCUUCACUUAUGCGCAUAUCGUUUCAUGGCCGUCGGCUUUGGAAUUAAAUUGAUUAGUGAUCUAGGUAUGAGAAUUCAUAGAGAUCGAGUUCCGGUGCCUUUAAUCGUCGGUCAUUUGUCAAACCGCACAAUUGCCAAGCUGUAUUGCCGUUGGAAUGGCAGAUUCACUUACUGCAAUAUGGAAUCUCACGUCCAGAAUAUUCGUACUAAAAGCAAACAUUUCUUAUUUACUGGUUACUGAAAGCUUUAACCUAGCGGUGUGCACUUGGCGCACUUAGUCAUCUUGAUAAUCUCUAGUGUAUGGUAUGUUUUAUAGAUGGCUCUCAUGCAACAUACAAGCAAUUCUCUAGAAGUUAUCUAAUAAAAACAAAAAAAAGCAA